UGUAAAUAAAAAACAUGUAUAUAAAUUUUGAAUUGGACAUUGGACACAACAACGGUUUUUGACAUUUCUCGCCAUUUUCAUCGUGAUCUACUUACGGGUUCACUUAAGUAAAUUAUCAAAAAUGUCACUUUGGACACCAAAGUAUUGAGACUCGUUUGAUCUUCUAUCUGACUGUAAAUUUUGAUUUCCAUGAAGUCGAAACAGAUGUAACAAUAAAUAAAUAAAUAAAUAUAGAUAAUCUAAUGCAUACAUUGCUAAAGAUAUAAAAAACACUGCCACAGACUACAGGUUACGCCGACAAUGUGAUUCAGUUUCUUCCGCGAUUAAGUGUACUUGUUUGUGCUACAUGCAUUUUGUUCAGCUUUGUAAAUUGCUUUGUUUAGAAAAAUGCUGAAGGAAUAUUUUUUGUUAUACCAUGAGAAUGAACUUAGAGAAAUCCUCAAGGAUCCUGACGAAACAAGAGUUUUCUCCAUCAACGUUGACUUUAUUAUAAUUUUUGAGCAUGAUGCUAAAACGGCGCUCAAAAUAUUACGCCUUCCAAGACAAUGUUUGCCAGCUUGUGAUCAAUCCGCGAUAGAAGCUCAAGAACAAUUGGCUGAAUUUGAGCAAAAAGUGAAAAAAAAUAUAAGGACAAGAGUCUAUGGUGUACCUGAGAACAUUGAUCAGGCAGAAAUUGGAGAACUUGUUUCAGUAACGGGUUUUGUUGUCAGGAUUACUCAACCUUCUGUAUCUAUAGUUGAAAAGCACUUGUUGUGCAAAAAAUGCAAUUAUGUCAAUAUCUUGAAGCUUGAAUGGGAGAAAGGAAAAUUUCCUGAUACUAGAGAAUGUGGAGCAUGUAAAAGAAAAAGCUUACACCCCGAGACUUCUCUGCAGACACAAAUUUGUGCAGAUUAUCAAGAAAUCAAAAUCCAAGAUAAGACUUCUAAUGUUAGCAGUACAAUGACAUCUGCUUUACCAGUGGUAUUACUUGACGAUUUGGUAGAUAAAUGUACAUCAGGGGAUAAUGUUAACAUAUGUGGAUUUUUAAUAAGGAAGUGGGACAAAGUGGUCGUAGGUCAACGUCCUUUGUCAACGACAUUUUUACUAGCUAGUAGUUUGUUGGUAAGAAGAAAAGUUGCUGAUUCUGAUUUCUGUAAAGAAGAAGUGACAAAAAUAUUUAGAAAUUUUUGGGAUAAAUAUGGUGACAGGCCUUUGGAAGGCAGGGAUUUUAUUCUUACUUCAGUAUGUCCACAAUUGUAUGGAAUGUACAGUUUGAAACUAGCAUUAGCUGUAAUUUUGUGUGGUGGUGUGUCAAAAACUACCAAGUCAGGGACACGAGUAAGAGGCGAUUCACAUCUUCUGUUGUGUGGGGAUCCUGGCACUGGCAAGUCUCAAAUCCUCAGAACAGCAGCAAGAUUAGCUGCUCGUUCAAUCUUAACAACAGGAGUAGGAACCACAGCAGCUGGUCUUACGGCUGCAGCGAUCAAGGAUUCAGAUGGUUGGCACUUGGAGGCUGGUGCUUUAGUGUCAGCAAACGGUGGAGUCUGUUGCAUCGACGAAUUAACGACUAUGAGUAACAACGAUAUGGCCUCGAUCCACGAAGCUAUGGAACAGCAAACAAUAUCUAUAGCAAAGGCUGGUCUUGUAAGUACACUAAAUUCGAGGUGUACAGUCAUUGCAGCUAUAAACCCGGUUGGCGGCCGCUUCGUCGAUGGUGAAGAAGUGAAGAUGAGACUAGGUGGACCGUUGCUAUCUCGAUUUGAUAUUAUAUUGUUUUUAAGAGAUAAUCACGACCCACAAUGGGAUGAGCUUGUAUCAAAUCACAUUCUCCAGGCCGCUAUGGUUAAUAACAAUUACGAGAGCCAACUGAGUUUAAAAAAUACCACUGACUACUCUAUGAUCGAAAAUGCUAACAAAAGUCACUCUGUUUUCAAUCCCGCUACGAAAAAUAAGAAUUUACAAGUACGUUUCGAGGAUGCCACUGAUCCCUCUGAAUUUGAAAGUGAGCUCAACAAAACUCCUUCACGUAAAAGAUCUGCUCCAGAAGAUGUCGACGAUUUUUCUGAAUUUGAGGAUGAACCCAACGAAACUCCUCCAUGUAAAAGACCUGCCCCAGAUAAUGUCGACAAUUUUUCUGAAUUUGAGGAUGAGCCCAACAAAACUCUUCCACUUGAAAAAUCUGCUUCGGAAAACGUCGAGGAUUUUUGUGAAUUUGAGGAUGAACCCAACGAAACUCCUCCAUGUAAAAGACCUGCCCCAGAUAAUGUCGACAAUUUUUCUGAAUUUGAGGAUGAGCCCAACAAAACUCUUCCACUUGAAAAAUCUGCUUCGGAAAACGUCGAGGAUUUUUGUGAAUUUAAGGAUGAGCCCAACGGUUCCACCUAAAAACUCUGCUUCGGAAAACGUCGAGGAUUUUUGUGAAUUUGAGGAUGAGCCCAACGAUAAUGUUCCACCUAAAA